GCUGCGCAUGAUUGUGGUGACCGUGGUGACGCAACCAGCGUUUCAUGCGCAUUGGUUGCUAUGAUACCGGCAAAUGUUUAAUUAAUAAAAUAAUUGCUUAUAAAAUAAAAAUUAUUGUGUAAAUUCCUAUAAUGGCUGAAGAGGAGGAAGCCGAAAUUGUUGUUGACAUAAAUAAUGAUCUGGAAAGGAGAAUAGCAGAUGUUUUUGAAUUGUUUGAUCAUACGGGAACUAAAAAGGUAGAUAUUCGAGACAUUGCAACAGUUUUACGUGGCUUGGGCUGCUGCCCCACUGAAGCUGAAAUUCAGGAAGUUAUGGUUGCAAUCGAAGAUCCGAAAAAUCCGGAUAUCGUUCAUAUGCAAACUUUUCUGCCUUAUGCCGCCCAAUUAAUCACAGAACAUAAGUAUGAACCCGCCACUCCUGACAAACUAUUAGACGCUUUUCAUGUUCUUGAUCCUGAAGGACACGGCUAUCUCGCAAAAGAUUUUUUUAUGACGAUAAUGAGUCAAGAUGGUGAACCUUUUAAUGAGGAUGAAAUAGCGGAAAUGAUGGAAAUUGCAGUCGAUCCUUACACACAGAAAGUUCCUUACGAAUAUUACAUUAAUCAGUUGAUGCAUGAUCCUGAAGGCGAAGCUUAUAUUUACCGAUUAGCUGACAGAGUGGAAGACGAAAGAGAAAAAACACCACCCCCACAAACCUUUUCCCAAGUUCUUGCUGCAAUGGCAAACACUGCCGAUGUAUAAAUGGUCAAACAAUGCACUUUAUCAUUUUAAAUAUUUUUUAUUAAAUCCUUAAUAAUUA